AUGGAUGAUGCAAAAAAAAUGCUGAGAGCAGAGUUCUGCUUUGAUCUAGGAGAGAGCUUUUCUCUGAAACAUGCAUUUUGUGAAGGUGAUAAAACAUGUUUCAAAUUGGGAAGUGCACUUCUUAUUAGAGAUACCAUUAAGAUCUUUCCCAAAGGCCUUCCUGAGGAGUACGCCAUAGCAACCACGUUUCGUGUACGAAGAAGCACCAAAAAGGAACGGUGGUUUCUGUGGCAGGUUCUAAACCAGCAGAAUAUGCCACAGGUUUCUGUAGUAGUUGAUGGUGGAAAGAAGGUGGUGGAAUUCAUGUUCCGAGCUGCCGAGGGAGUUGUGCUGAACUACGUUUUUAGAAAUCGAGAACUCCGUCAGUUGUUUGACCGUCAGUGGCAUAGACUUGGCAUUGGUAUACAGUCCCGGGACAUUUGGCUUUAUGUGGAUUGCACCUUAAUUGCCAGCCGGCACACCGAUGAAAAGGAGGCUGUGGACUUUCUCGGAAGGACUGUUAUCGCUGCCCGCGCUUCAGAUGGCAAGCCUGUGGACAUUGAACUUCACCAACUUAAAAUCUACUGUAACUCAGACUUCAUAGCUCAAGACACCUGUUGUGAAAUAUCAGCUACUAAGUGUCCAGAGCAGGAAGGCUUUGGAAGUACCACAUCGUCAUUGGUACCCGCGCAUGCCAGUAAAAUGUCUGCAUAUCUGCCAGCAAAGCAGGAACUUCCAGACCAGUGCCAGUGCGUUCCAAACAAGCUCAAUGUGAUAGAAUGUUUGAUAACACAGAAAUUCAUUUUUGCUCAGGGAGAAGUAGGAUUACGGGGAGCUCCAGGCUCACCUGGUCAGAAAGGGGAUAAAGGAGAAUGGGGUACAGUUGGUAUUAAAGGUGAAUUUGGUGUUCCUGGAGUUCCAGGGGAAAAUGGUGAAGAUGGUUUACAUGGAGCUCCAGGCUUACCUGGUCAAAAGGGAGAGCAAGGUUUUGAAGGCAGCAAAGGAGAAAUUGGUGAAAAGGGUGAACAAGGAGAAAAAGGAGAUCCAGGGCUGCCUGGCAUUAAUGGACAAGAUGGUUUGAAAGGUGACUUGGGUCCUCAUGGUCCACCUGGCCUGAAAGGAGAAAAGGGAGAUAUGGGACCUCCAGGACCACCAGCCUUAACUGGUCCCCUGGGGAUACAAGGCCCCCAAGGCCCACCUGGAAAAGAGGGUCAGAGGGUAAGUAAGCUUGGAACAACUGCGGGCUUUACUAAUCUCGGGCGACUUAUUUCUGAACACAGAUAAUAAUGAAACCAAAAGACAGCAAGCAGAUGGGCAUAACGAGAGUAUCAACUAUCCAAAGGCUGAAAUUUGAGGUUUUGACAGAGCUUUUACAAUCCAGAAAAUUCCAUGUAUUUUCAAGAUUGGCAGCACAAAUG